AUGGACAUCAUCUGCAUGAUUGGUGGAGGUGGGGGCCCGGCGAAAGAGAAGGACGCGGGCCUGGUGGCGGAGGCCGAGGCAGUGGCUGCUGGCUGGAUGCUGCACUUCCUCUGCCUCUCUCUCUGCCGGGCCUUCCGCGAUGGCCGCUCCGAAGACUUCCACCGGCCCGGGACAGCGCCGAGGGGUUCCUUCGCCCGGGCCGCCCCACCGGGCCCUCGGGGGCCCGCCGCACCCUGCGACCUGGGCUGGCUGUCCAUGGCCAGCCGCGAGGACCUGAUGAAGAUGGUGCGGCCGCCCUACUCCUACUCGGCGCUCAUCGCCAUGGCCAUUCAGAGCGCGCCCGAGCGCAAGCUCACGCUCAGCCACAUCUACCAGUACGUGGCCGACAGCUUCCCCUUCUACCAGCGCAGCAAGGCGGGCUGGCAGAACUCCAUUCGCCACAACCUGUCGCUCAACGACUGCUUCAAGAAGGUGCCCCGCGACGAGGAUGACCCAGGGAAAGGUAAUUACUGGACCCUGGAUCCAAACUGUGAGAAAAUGUUUGAUAACGGGAACUUCCGCCGGAAGCGAAAGCGCCGCUCUGAGGCCAGCAGCAGCUCUGCAGUGGCUGCAGGGACGUCAAAAUCGGAAGAGGGUCUGUCCUCAGGAUUAGGGGCUGGAGCGGGUGGGAAGCCGGAAGGAGACAGCCCCUCUGCUCUGCUGAGGCCUUCCCAGUCUCCAGAGCCUCCUGAGGGCUCCAAGAGUGUCUCCUCCCCUGGAGGGCCUGUGCUCACCUCCACCCCUUGCCUCAACACCUUCUUCAGCAGCCUCAGCACCUUGAGUGUCAGCAGCAGUGGGAGCACCCAGCGAGCUGUCGCUGGUGGCCACCCCCUAGGGAUCCAGGGGGCCCACCUGCCCUCCAGCAGCACGUUUCCCGCCAGCUCCGUCUCGGAAGCCUCAGACAACUUGCAACUGAGCACCAGCACCAGCAACGGCAGCAGCCAGAGAUCUUCCUAUUAUAACCCUUUCCCUGCCAGCACUGGUGCGGGGCAGAGCAGUCCCUUCAGCCCGCCUUUCUACAACUUCAGCAUGGUCAACAGCAUCAUCUACCCGCGGGAGGGCUCUGAGGUAUAG